UAGUGUAACAAAAUGACGGCUACAACAUUAAACUAACAAUUUUACCAAACAGCUCCUAAGUCCUAACAAGAUAAAGGGACGCGCUCUAUACUGAGUAGAGAAACAGAGAGAUGAUGGGGUUGUGUUACAAUCCUUUCCCUCCAAGUUGCCGGCUUCAAGUGGUAGACUCCUCUCGGCAGUUGAAGAAUGCUGACAAUAAGCUUAAGCUUACUUCUCUGAAGAAGAAGACGAGGCCAUUCAAUGGAUUUCGAAGGGCUUCUCCAAAACUUUUCGCUUACUAUGGAUUGAAGACACCUCCUUACGAACUCGAUGCUUUAGAACCGUAUAUGAGUAAAAAGACAUUAGAGAUGCAUUGGGGUGAAUAUCAUCGAGGUUAUGUGGAAGAAUUGAAUAAAGAACUAGCAAAGGAUGAUGUACUAUAUGGCUAUACCAUGGAAGAACUUAUCAAAGUAACAUAUAACAAUGGGAACCCCCUUCCUCAAUUCAACAAUGCUGCCCAGGUCUGGAAUCAUGACUUCUUUUGGGAAUCCAUGCAACCAGGAGGAGGGGAGAUGCCUGAACUUGGGGUACUUCAGCAAAUUGAAAAAGACUUCGGUUCCUUCACAAAUUUCAAGGAGAAGUUUGUGGAAGCCGCUCUUACACUAUUUGGAUCCGGUUGGAUUUGGCUUGUUCUGAAAAGAGAAGAAAGACAACUUGCUAUUACGAAAACAUCAAAUGCCAUCACUCCGCUUGUAUGGGACAAUAUUCCCAUCAUCUGUUUAGAUAUGUGGGAGGUAAAUUCUUAUAGUCUUUCUAUCUCACACGCACCCACAAAAAAUGAAAAAACAAAAAGAGGCUUGUGUUCACAAACAUUGUUUUUUUUUUUUUCUUUUCCUUCCAUGUGUUGCAGCAUGCUUAUUAUCUGGAUUACAAGAAUGACAAAGGAAGCUAUGUGAAUGCUUUUAUGAAUCACCUUUUAUCUUGGAAUGUGGCAAUGGCACGCAUGGCACGUGCAGAGGCCUUUGUUAACUUGGGAGAUCCAAAAAUUCCUGUUGCUUAAUAUUUUUGGCUUCAAAAAGAUCAUUGAUUAAAUGGUUACAGAGGCUUCUGAGUUACUGCAGUCAGACAUCAAGUGUUGAAGAUGAAUAAGUUUAGAAAUGGUGCACUAAUGUAACAUGUGAAAAGAAAGAUGCUUAAUGUUGCCUCUAGUUUAGUUCAUAUGUUGUUGUAUGGUUCAUGUAGAUGCCCUAAUGUUAUUGGGGCUAUCCGGAAUGCUAGUAGUAGGGGAGAUGAGGGAUUAUAAUUGAUAUGUAAUUCAUUUGGGAAGAGUAAUAGGUAGUUUAGGAGAAUCUUAAUGUAUUGGUAGUUUGCCAGAACCAUACUUGUCAAAUUGAGAAUCAAAAUCUUUAUUUUAGAAUCGAGAAUCGAA